GUGAAGACACUGGGUUAUUUUUAUAGUAAACAGGGCGCUCCUGUUUGCUCCCAGUGAGCUCCCCUGUUACUCUCAAACCUCAGAGGAAGAAGCACUAGCAGGAUCUCUCACACACUCUCAGCCUCUUUAUCAAGACAGAUAUCAUGGAGAAGGAUCCACAGCCUCCCCAGGAAAUACCAGCACCGCCGUACCCUGGCCCACCUGUGAACCACAGCUACCCAACUCAGCCUGGCCCUCAACCUGGUUUUCCAGGUCAGCCUGCUUACCUGUACAACCCACAACAACCUCAGAUCAUACAACCCGUGGCCCAGGUGGUGAUGGUGCAGCAGUUGCCAACUGAUGCUCCUGCAGAGAUGGUUUGUCCUACCUGCCGAAACACCGUUAUCACUAAAAUUGAGUACAGAAAUGGUUUUCUCACCUGGCUGCUCUGUGGCUUACUUGGAAUCUUCGUGUGCUGGCCUUGCUGUCUGAUCCCGUUCUGCGUGGAUGCUUGCAAGGAUGUGGAGCAUUCCUGCCCCGCCUGCAACACUGUCCUCCACAUCCAUCAACGCAGGUGAAGCAGCACCGCAGGGAAAACUCUACUACAACUCUCUCUCUAUACUGCAGGUAGAG